AUGACGACGAGGACUUUCACCGUCGUGGAGCCUUCGGAACCGGGGCCGUCUCAGAGACGUCCUCAACGAGGAAGGAGAGCGCGGAAGGGCCAGUCCAGCAGACCAAGAGGACUGGCUUCUUCCGGUGAGGGUAGCGAACCGGGGCCAGCGCAGCCAGCGUCGGUUAUCGUCGCCACUCCCGCCGUCGCCGUCGCCCCCGCCCCCGAAGCCAGUAACCAGCCGGGACGGGGGCGGCGGGCGCAAGGCGGGAGCCGUGGCGGUAACCGACGGGGUGGCAGUCGGCGCGGCACUGGUCAGCGCUCGGUGGUGGUGUCGCACCGAGGUGGCCGAAGACCUCCCUCGCCUCAUCGCCAGGGAGGGAACAAUACUCCCAGGCCCAGCCUCAGAGCCACCGCCGCCGAGUUUGUUCCGGGCCAGCCCACCCAAUCCUUAGGUGCUGAGCCCUCCGAAUCAGGUCCGGGGACAAUGCCCGUGAUUCUAGAGUUCGUGGCAAAGUCCACGGCACCGGAUCUGAUGACUCGGAUCCAUGAGGAUAUUGAUCGCUGCCAGUACGAGUGUAUCGUCUGCACUGGCGAAGUGCUGCGGACCACCGAAAUGUGGUCCUGCUCGAUAUGCUGGACAUCGAUCCACCUCUUCUGUGCGCAGCAAUGGUAUACAAGCCAGCUGCAGCUCCGCGAGGACUUCCCUGGGGGUUACCGUGGCGCCGACGAUGACUGGCGGUGUCCGGGUUGCAACUCGGGGCUUGUCGGCAAACCCGAGGUCCACCAUUGCUGGUGUCGCAAGGAGACGGACCCCCAGCCCAUCCCCGGGCUCCCCCCCCACACCUGCGGGCAGACUUGCUCGAAGCCGAGGGCAACCUGCCCGCAUCCGUGCUCAUUGAUGUGCCACGCAGGACCUUGUCCGCCGUGCACACUGAUGGGCCCAACUCAGUCGUGUUUCUGCGGGAAACACACCUCCACCAAGAAAUGCAGGGAAACCGACUACGGAAAGGGUUGGAGUUGCCAAGAGAUCUGUGGUGACCUGUUUCCCUGCGGAGAGCAUAGUUGCCCGCAAAUCUGCCAUCCUGGGCUGUGCGGCUCUUGCGACAUCCCCACGCUGUCCGUAUGUUAUUGCGGAAGGGAACAACGAGAGAUACCUUGCAGUCAGCGCGGUGACAUCCUGGAGUCGUUCAACCAUGGGCAGGCCAAGCUCCCAUCCGGCAUCGAACAGACCCCAGACCAGUGGUUCGAGGGAUCUUUCCGCUGCACCAAUAUCUGCGGCCGGCCAUUCGACUGUGGACACCAUCUAUGUUCAAAGCCGUGCCAUUCCCAGGAUGAAGCGGCCGCCCACUGCCCGCUAUCGCCAGACGUCGUCACCCACUGCUCAUGCGGGAAAACUCCACUCGCUUCCAUGUCCGUGGAACCAAGACAAUCGUGUCAGGAUCCGAUCCCGCACUGCAACAAGCCCUGCAAUAAGGCUCAGACUUGUGGCCAUCUGUGCCUAAGCGAAUGCCACACCGGCCCUUGCGCACCUUGCACCCGGAUUGCCGAUAUACCGUGCCGAUGCGGUAGGGUAACGACCAAGUCCUUGUGUCAUCAAGGCAACAUCUCUCAUCCUCAUUGCUUCCGCAUUUGCAAAGCCCACCUCAACUGCGGGCGGCACGAGUGUGGAGAGCACUGCUGCCCUGGCGAGAAGGCGGCAGCCGAGAGGCGGAAGCACAAGCGGACUGCCAACGAGAACUAUGAACCUGAGCACAUCUGCUUCCAGCCGCCACAGCCCUGUGGGAUGCCGCCACCGGAGUGCCGCUUCGCUUGCACGAGAGCCUCCCCAUGCGGCCAUCCAUCUGGUCCCCACCUGUGCCACACCGACGAGACGCCCUGCCCGAAGUGCCCGUAUCUUGUGUCGAAGCCCUGCGUUUGCGGCAAGAAGGCGCUGAGGAACCAGCCCUGCUGGUUUGACGAAGGAAGAUGCGGUCUUCCAUGUGGGAAGAAGCUCAAGUGUGGAGCGCACGAAUGCAGAAAGCCAUGCCACAAACCUGGAGAGUGCGAAGAUGCUGACAUUUCAGGCUCACACUGCCCUCAACCCUGUGGCAAGGUACGAAAAUCCUGCGAGCAUACGUGCGUCGACCAAUGCCACGCGCCCUACGCCUGUAAAGAGGACAAACCGUGCCAGUCCAAGACAUUCGUUACCUGCCCUUGCCAACACCGCAAGCAGGAGGUCCGAUGCCAGGCUACGAAGCUCACCCCGUCGCCUGCCGGAAAAUCGACCCUUACCUGCGACGACGAAUGUCGACGGCUCCAGCGAAACCGGAAGCUCGCCGAAGCUCUGGACAUCGACCCCAGCACGCACGCCGAUGAGCACAUCCCGUACUCCGACACUUCUCUCAAACUCUUCCGAGAGAAUGUCAGCUGGGCUCAGACGCAGGAGCGCCAACUUCGCAUGUUCGCUGCUGCCCCCGAGGAAAAGCGCAUCAGGUUCAAGCCGAUGCCACCUCACCAGCGUGCGUUCCUCCACGCCCUCGCCGAAGACUUUGGCCUUGACUCGGAGAGCCAGGACCCCGGACCGCAUCGCCACGUCUGCGUCUUCAAGACGCCGCGGUUCGUGUCCGCCCCCAAGAAGACCUUGGGGCAGUGCCUCCAAGUGGCCGACAAGGCGGCUAAACUCCGCACCGGAGUUUCCGCCAUCGCUCCCAAGUCCUCCCCCCGCCGCCAAGGAUCCCCCUUCAACGCGCUCAUGUUGGGGGGCUGGGCCACCGCCUCCCGUGGCGGGCCCGGCUCUGGCCUUCACCACCCGUUUCCUCCCCUCGGGAGGAAAUCCUCAUCGUCGCCGCCCCCGGCCCCGCCGCCAUCACGGCCGACCCGCAGGCGGUCGAGACGGCCCUCUCCGGCCUCAAGCCCGCCGUUGCACGCAUCGUCGCGCGGGAGAGGCUCGCCGCCUCUGUCGUGCUGUGCCACGUCGACGCCGCGACGGGAGAGGUUGUCCGCCGGGAGGGUGCUGUGGCUGCGGAUGCUGGUGAGGGGUGGAGUGCGGUGGCCGGCCGCGGGUCAGCGCGUGGGGGGAACAAUAGGGGGGCUUCGACUAGAGAUGAGGAAGCGGGAGGCGGCGGGUGGUGCUGGGCAAGGGGUGGAGGAGGAUUGGCUGGCGGCGCUUGAGAGAGAGGAAGAAGAGGCGGAAGAGAAGGAGGAGGGGGUGGAGGAAGCGGAGGGAGAGGAGUGA